AUGGGCGACGCCGACGGCGCCCGCUUUGCUCCCUUCAUGGGGGAGGACUCUCCCGAUUCGAACGAGUCCAUGACGGACAUCAUAAUGCGGGAUCAAAUCCGACGGUCCGAGGCAGUACUCGGGCGGUCUCUUAGCAAUAGAGAAAGGGACACCAUGAUCUCCUACUACCAGGACAUGAGGCGAGGCCGCGGCGCCCCAAGCGAAGCCAACAAGCCAACAACGACAAUCCACUCCCCAACCAACCAGAAAGAGGCCAAAGACGAACCGGGAUCAUUCGAUCUCGAGGAGGACCUGCGCAAAGAGAUCGAGCGUCUUGAAGCCCAACUUCGAGACGUAGCCCAGGGCGGCCUCACCUUGCUACGCCUGGAGAGAGACGCUGUUGAGGGGAGGCUUGCCUCGCUCGAGGCGGAGCUAGACGCCGUGAAGGCCGAGCUCUCGGACCUCAAGGCCUGCUUCGAGGCAUGUACGGAUGCCGAAAACGGUAACUUGAAGGAUGGCAAGAGGGCAUGGGAUUCUCCCCAGCCUGCUCACAACCAACGUGGUGGUCUGUUUGGUAUCAAGAGUGUCAUGUUCGCCAUGGCUGUGCUGGUGUGGCUUGUUACCGAGGCCAUGCUGCACAGCAAGCGGCUGGCGGACGGGUACGGGGGGUACGUGAAUGGAGGGUAUAACGGCCUAGGAAGCGUUCUCAUCUUUGGCACAUGGGUCAAGUUUAUGGUGUUUGAAGUUGCGGUUGUGUUUCUUGGUGUUCUCGCCUCGGGUGCGGUGAUGGGGUAG